CAACAAUCGUCUUAUCCGGCAUCCUCUGAAUUACCUUUCAAUUAGUUAAUAUGGAGAAAACAGCUCUGAUCGUUUUAGUAGUGGCAAUAACAAUGAUUUGUCAGUCUAAAGGCAAAUCGAACUUUGCAUGUACCGAACGAGGUGGAAAUUGUUCAGAUUCUAACACAUGUCCAUAUUUUGGAGGUAAUGUGGAAAAACUAUCUGUCAGGUGCAAUUGUGGGAAGGCAUGUUGCAAAUGUACUGACACAUGUCCUGAUGGUUCUACGUGUAUGAGCGAAGGUGAAACCUGUGAUGGAACCAAAGAUAUAAGCCGCUGUUGUGGCAACAGGUUUUGUUGUACACCAACUGCGAUAAUUGGACCGGAUCCAUGGAAAGUGCUGUGAUGGAUUGCAAUGUUGUGAGAAAAGUGGACGUUGACCUAAAUCUUGAUGCUGACAGAAGACAACAUUUAGUAAAA